AGCUUCAUCAUAAGCUCCAUCACUUACAGCCGCCCCCCUCCUCCUCGCAGCUUUCAGUUUGUUUGUGUUUACAUGUGAAGAAGCUGAAUCCUCAGCAGCGGGACACUACUUGUUUUCUCUCUGGAAGAGCUGCAUCGUCGCCACUCAGACUUUCAGAUCACAGCUCCUCUGGUGCCGAGGAGGAUCAUUUUUCAUUGUAAGAAGAGGAAAAUCAACAUGGGUUCCAGCUCCUCCUCUUACGCUCCAAGAAACAUUUACCUGGAUGUCGAUGGGAAGGUGCAAAAGGUGAUGUUCAGUCGCCACUGUAGUCCGUGUGACAUCAGGGAGCUUCUUUGUUCCUCCUCUAACAUUCCCAGAAACACUGCCAUCAUGGUUGUGGAUCCAGAAGGCGCCAUGGUCUCCAUCGACCCCACAAUGCCCUCAAAUUCUCCGAACAAUUUAUACAAAGUUGUCCCAUUGUCUGCUAGUCAGGUUGAAGAGAAGGACGACAUGUUUCAUACUGUGCUGUCCCAGGUGGCUGAACAGUUUAACAGAGCCUUUCACAUCACCGAGCUGAAGGCUGAACUCACCAACAGACUGGCGAUGCUGGAGAAGAGAGUGGAAAUGGAGGGCUUGAAGGUUGUGGAAAUAGAAAAGUGUAAAAACGAUCUGAGGAAGCUUCGAGAUGAGGUAGCUUCGAGAGGGAGCGGCAGUUUCUCAGAUGACGGGAGGAAGGUCACUCCUAGACGAGACGUCCCCAGUUACCCAAAGUACACACUUUCCCAGGAGACUAUUGAGGCAUUGAAGAAGCCAACGUUUGACGUUUGGCACUGGGAACACAAUGAAAUGCUGAGUUGUCUGGAGUUCAUGUACCAUGACUUGGGAUUAGUAAAGGAGUUUAACAUGAAUCCCAUCACACUGAAGCGCUGGUUGCUGGCGAUUCAGGAGAACUACCGCAACAACCCUUUCCACAACUUCCGUCACUGCUUCUGUGUUAGCCAAAUGAUGUACGGCAUGAUCCACCUCUGCAACCUACGGGAGAAGCUGACGCUCACAGAUUUGGGAAUCCUCAUGACAGCUGCAGUGUGUCAUGACCUGGACCACCCUGGCUAUAACAACGCGUACCAAAUCAACGCUCGCACGGAGCUGGCAGUACGCUACAAUGACAUCUCUCCACUGGAGAACCAUCACUGUGCCGUGGCCUUCCAGAUCCUUGCUCUUCCCGAGUGCAACAUCUUCGCAAACGUGGAUCCUGAAGCAUUUAAAAAGAUUCGACAAGCAAUCAUCACCCUCAUACUGGCCACCGAUAUGGCCAGACAUGGCGAGGUUCUGGAAUGUUUUAAGCAAAAAGUGGACAACUUUGACUUCACCAGUGAGGAACAUGUGACAUGUCUGAAGCGGGUUCUGAUCAAGUGCUGUGAUAUUUCUAACGAGGUGAGGCCAACUGAGGUUGCAGAGCCAUGGGUGGACUGCUUACUGGAAGAGUACUUCAUGCAGAGUGACAGGGAGAAAUCUGAGGGUCUCCCUGUGGCCCCCUUCAUGGACAGAGAUAAAGUUACCAAACCCACUGCUCAGAUUGGCUUCAUCAAGUUUGUCCUCAUUCCAAUGUUUGAGACUGUCAUGAGGUUGUUCCCUCAGAUUGAAGAGAUCAUGGUCCAGCCUUUGAGAGACUCCCGUGAUCACUACGAGGAACUGAAACAGCUUGAAGARGCCAUGACAGAGGGAUCUUUGCUCAGGAAAGCCUUUGAGAAGUCUACGAGGCCCCAGUGAAGACAUCCCGCGCUGCAUUUCUGAAGAUGACAGCUGAAGCAGGAGGGUGAAGAUAAAAGAGAGUCAGCUCAACUGCAUACUGAACUAAAAUUAGGCAACACGGCAGCAUAUCUUGAACUUUGACGAAGACCUUUGUGCUGGAGGUUAAAAGGAGGCGUUAAACCUCUCUGUAUAUUUAUGGGCUUUAGUUUAAGCUCUCUCACCAUGUGUGUUUCUCUAAAUGCAAAUGUUAAAUUAUGUUUAAAAAUAGUUCCAAUUAUUUUUUAUAGUUUGAUCAACAGAAAAAGGAUAUGCACUAAAGCGCUUUUGCCCAACUGUAGCAAUAACAAAAAAAAAAAUGCAGGAUGAGUAUAUUCAAAAUAAUACACUUGCAUCUUGCACACUUACUGUACAUCUUUUUGGCUUUUUCUCAAAAGUGAUAAUUUUCUCACUCCUUUUUUAUUAUAGUAUUUUACUAUGAUGUCCAAGACAUAGCACAAAAAGCCUUUGUAACCCUAUUUAAUAUUUUACAGCCAUAAUACACUGAGCUAAUAGCCAUUUUUGAUCAUUUUGAGCAUUAUUAGGGGAAAUGAUUCUGCAGUUUUCUGGAGAAAAUAAUGAGUUCAAAGAAGUCAACAUUCAGGCCCCARUUAUUUUUCACCAUUACUGGGUUAAAACAUGUGCUAGUUGCUAACAUGCUAACAGAUGCUACUUAUAAUGAGCCGUUCCACAUUCCUUUCCUCUGCAACAGUUUUCCUCUGAGGGUGGUUUUCUUCCAGCCACUCCACAGUGGGUUUUUUAUUAUUUUUUUUUUUUAUGACUGCUUUUUAUUGUCAACAAGUUGUAAAUUACUCCUGCCGGCUUCAUCUGAGAUGGACUAAAUACCACCUGUGUUGCUCUGAUGAAAUCACGUGACUACAUUCUGACACACAGUAAGAAUCAACAAGAACAUUCAUCUUUCCUGUCUUCGUUGUGCUUUUCCGACACCCACAAAAAAUACUUCACUUACAACUCCCCAAAUCUGCUGUUCCCAUCAAAUAUUUGUGAUUUUUUAAUUUAAUUUUUWAUUUUUAUUUUUUGGCCUGGGGAACCUGUUCGAAUGCACCUGAUGAUUCCUGAGCUGUGGCUCAAUAACUUGUAAUUACUGAGAUGAAAGACGACUGAAAACACAUUUUGGUUUGUGUUUAUUACUCUAAGUGUAAUUACCCAUCACUGUCUCAACAUAGCGUGACAGGUUGUAUUGACAUAAAAUACCACAAUAGAAAAUUAUGUCUUAUCAUAGCAGAAUAACGUGCUGCAUUUUGCUGCUUAUCCACUGAUUACAGUUURGCUAUUUUACAAACAAACGUGAAGCGUUUCUAAGCUUUUUUCUCAACACAUUUAAUUAAACUGGUUUUAUCAAGUG